AUGACUAGAACCUUGUGUAUGGAAGAAAUUAGUGAGAGAGUCAAUUCUCUAGAAUGCUAUACCGCUUGUCGCCUCAUACCCUUGGACAAAUCACCUGGUGUGCGCCCCAUUGGUAUUGGGGAGGUAUUAAGACGAAUCAUUGGCAAAUCCAUAAUGUGUCUUGUUAAAAGCGACGUUAUCGAUGCAGCUGGAAAUCUCCAACUAUGUGCUGGACAAGACUCCGGGUGCGAAGCAGCGGUUCAUGCAAUGAAGGAUAUAUUCGAAGAUGAAGAAACUGAUGGUGUACUUUUAGUAGACGCAUCAAAUGCUUUUAAUAGUUUGAACAGAAGAGUUUUAUUGCACAAUCUGAAAAUUAUUUGUCCGAAACUAGCUAUUUAUGUUACCAACUGCUAUCAGACUCAAGCGAGAUUAUUUGUUACUGAUGGACUGGAGAUAUCGUCUUGUGAGGGAACCACUCAGGGAGAUCCUACAGCGAUGGCAAUAUAUGCACUUGGUAUUCGCCCACUGCUAGAACUUUUGAUAAUACACGAGGUAAAACAUGCAGCUUAUGCUGAUGAUAUCAGUGCUGGGGGCGAGUUAGCCCGCUUAAAAAAUUGGUGGCAAAUGCUUAUCGAAAAGGGCCCGUUAAUUGGCUACUAUCCAGAAGCGUCCAAAUCAUGGCUGAUAGUUAAAGCUGACAAGGAGGAGCUGGCUAGUGAGGUAUUCAAAAGCUUUAACAUCAACAUAACAUCGGAAGGAAGAAAACAUCUAGGCGCCUCAAUUGGUUCCCUUAAAUACAAGAAACGUUACGUAGAAGACUUGGUCAAUACAUGGGUGAACGAACUGCUGAGUUUAUCAGCAAUUGCAGAAGUUCAACCUCAAGCUGCUUAUUCUGCCUUUAUAUCUGGAUACAGGCAUAAAUUUAACUAUUAUAUUCGUACAAUACCUGGUAUUUCGGAGUUGUUGCAACCAAUAGAAAAUGUAAUUCGCACAAAAUUGAUCCCAUCCUUAUGUGAUAGAAGGGCAUGUAGCGAUGACGAGAGAGUAUUGUUGUCUCUUCCGGUGAAAAUGGGAGGCCUUGGUUUGAUAAAUGUUGUUGAAACCUCGAAAAUGGAAUAUGAAUUUUCAAAACUUGUCACCAACGAACUCACGAAAGAGAUAAAGCAUCAAAACUUGAUGGUGACAACAAGUGCUUUGACGAGCAAACAAAUUAAGUCAAUGGUUUCCAGGGAAAGAAAUGUAUUCUAUUUAAACAAGCUAAAAGAUGUGACGACACGAUUAUCCCAAGAUGAAGCAAAAUUAAACGAAAUUGCAAGGUCGACUGUUGCUUCUAGUUUGUUAACAACUCUACCAUUAAAAGACCAUGGAUUUUGCCUGAAUAAGCGUGAAUUUCUUGACAGUAUUUCUUUACGUUACGGAUGGAGCAUUAAAGGAUUGCCACUAGUUUGUGCUUGUGGCAAACAAAAUUCUAUUGAGCAUGCAUUGUCAUGUCAUGUUGGUGGUUUCGUGAAUAUUCGACACAACGAACUGCGCGAUCUGAUGGUUACCUUAUUGCAGGAGGUAUGCAGGGACAUACGCUGUGAACCUCCCCUGAUUCCCCUGACCACUGAAGCAACUGAUUUUCCCCGUUCUGCAGUUACAGACGCAGAAGCAAGAGCUGACAUAAGUGUAAGAAGUUUUUGGCAGAGAGGACAACGAGCAUUUUUAGAUGUAAGGAUUUUUAAUCCCAUUGCUCCAAGUUAUCGACGCCAAACAAUGUCAUCAUUAUUUACAUUCAAGAAAAAGAGAAAAAAAGAUCUUAUAACAGACGCAUCAUAG